AUGACGGGUACAUUAAAAAUAUGUGCGAUACCGACGGAUGUGAAAGAUGAACUGGAACGAUUUCGAUUCAGUAGAAAGCGCUCAACAAAUGCCUUGAUAUUGAAAAUUGAUCCUGCGAAACAGCUCAUUAUAUUGGACCAGAAACUUGAGAAUUGUGAUCCGAGUGUGAUCUCUGAUGAAUUACCAGCGCAACAACCACGAUUUAUUGUAAUAAGCUAUGAGCGUGUACACGAUGAUGGACGUCUUUCGUAUCCACUCUGUCUUGUUCUCUACAGUCCGUCAGGAUGCAAUCCACAAUUGCGAAUGAUGUAUGCCGGCAGUAGAAAUAAUUUAGCGAAGGAAUGUGAGCUUAAUAAGAACCUGGAAAUUCGAGAACCAGAUGAACUAACAAAAGAAUUGUUGGAAUCAAAAUUGUAG